GAUUUAUGUUAGGUUAGGUUGCAUUAAAGGUAAAAUAAAAUUAUAUAUUAAAUUAUUAUUAAAAUACGUGAAAAUCAGGUUUAAUCUUUAUUAAGAAAUGGAAGAAAUACAAGAAUAUAGUAAGACGUGUAAAGUAGAAAUAGAGUAUAACGACUUAGAUAAUCCUCCUCUGGAUGGUUUUAAAUGUGAAAUUAAGAAGGAAUCUGAUACAGAAACUACAGAUGAUAAUAUUUUGAAUUGUUUAGCCUUAAAGGAAUUUCCCGUAAAGACUGAAUUAGACGAAGAUGGAAAUAAACUGACCUGUUUUAAAGCAAAACAAAAGACUGAAGAAGGUUUUACUCAAGAGGAGAACAAUAUGGAAACAUAUUUUAAAUAUUCGUCCGAUAAAGAAUACUAUGUGAGUCAGUACGCUGAUGAGGGACCUUACAAUAAUUGUGAAAUUUCCUUGAAGAACGUUUCUCAAACAUCUAGUUUGAAAAGACAUUUGACGGUACACACUGGAGAAAAAUGUUACAAGUGUGGCAUUUGUUUUAAGCAGUUUCCUUCAGCAAGUCAUUUGAAGAAACAUUUGAGAGUGCACACUGGCGAAAAGCCUUACAAGUGUGAAAUUUGUUCUAAGCAAUUUAGUCAAGCAGGCAGUUUGAAAGACCAUUUGAGAGUGCACACUGGGGAAAACCCUUACAAGUGUAAAAUUUGUUUUAUGCAGUUUAAAAUUAAUGGUAAUCUGAAAAGACAUAUGCGAGUGCACACUGGGAAAAAACCUUACAAGUGUGAAAUUUGUUUUAAACAAUUUUCUCAAAAAUGUUACUUGAAUGUACAUUUGAGUGUGCACACUGGGGAAAAACCUCAAAAGUGUGAAAUUUGUUUUAAGCAGUUUAGUGAAGUACGUCAAUUGAAAAGACAUAUGAGAGUGCACACUGUGGAACCAUCUUACAAGUGUGAUAUUUGUUUUAAGAAGUUUAGGGAACUAGACCAAUUGAAAGCACAUGUAAUAGUGCACACUGGGGAAAAACCUUAUCAGUGUGAAACUUGUUUUAAACAAUUUUCUCAUAAAGGUACUUUGAAUACACAUUUGAGAGUGCACACUUUGGAAAAACCAUAUACGUGUGAAAUUUGUUUUAAGCAUGUACGUAUAUUGAAAAGGCAUAUGAGAGUGCACACUGUGGAAACAGCUUACAAGUGUGAAAUUUGUUUUAAGCAAUUUAGUUAUGCAGCUUAUUUGAAAAGACAUUUGGAAGUGCACACUGAGGAAAAACCGCAUAAGUGUGAAAUUUGUUUUAAGCGGUUUAGAGAAGAACAUCAAUUGAAAAGACAUACUAUAAUGCAUACUGGUGAAACUUACAAGUGUGAAAUUUGUCUUAAGGAGUUUAGAGAAGGAUAUCAAUUGAAAAGGCAUACGAGAAUUCGUACUGUGGAAACUUACAAGUGUAAAAUUUGUUUAAAACAAUUUUCUCAAACAUGUCAUUUGAAUACACAUUCGAAUGUGCACACUCGGGAAAAAUCUCACAAGUGUGAAAUUUGUUUUAAGCAAUUUAGUCAUCCGGGUUCUUUGAAAAGACAUUUAAAAGUACACACUGGAGAAGCACCUUACAAGUGUGAAAUUUGUUUUAAGCAGUUUACAGAAGAACAUAAAUUGAAAAUACAUACGAAAGUGCAUACUAGAGAAACUUAUAAGUGUGAAAUUUGUUUUAAGCAAUUUACUAGAAAAAAUAAUUUGAAGGUACAUUCGAGGUUUCACACUGGAGAAAAACUUGGAGUAAACAAAUAGCUGCCAAUUAAAUUAUUCAAACUGAAUAAAUGUAUUAACCCUUAAAA